GCGGCCGACAGUCACGAUAGCGAACAUGCUGAAGUCACCCAAUCAGUGUGCGCAAACGAUGAAUACCGUCCGGUCGUGUUUCGCCUCAACCGUCUCGUUUCUCGUUGUCGCGAUCGCCUGGUCAGUGGCCGACGCUGUGGUAUGUUGCAACAGUAGUUCAGUCACGAGCGGCGGCGAAGACACGUCAUGCCAGAACAAAAAUCGGACGUACCACACGGUCGAGGCGAUCGGCGGUGGCACGUGCGAUGACAACCGGACGGCCGUGCCGGUCCGGAAGUGCUGUCCGCCGGGCCAGCUGUAUGAUCCGGAAGUGCGAUUCUGCGAACCACCCAGGGCGGACCGCGACGAGUACCUGCAGCGGAUGAUGCAGCGAUUGAGGGACGGAUUUCGGGUGGUGGCCGAUGCGGUGAUGGUGGGUUACGAUUAUGAGCAACCAAUGUGCAAUUCCACGCAAGUGCUAGUCGACGUGCCCGCCAUGGAAGUGCGUGGGCUGAUGGAGGCGGGCCCGUCGGCCAUCGAGUUGCCACCGGACUACUGCUUUGACCUGACGCCGUCCGAUGAGCUGGUGGCCCGGACGUGCCGGCCACGCGACCAGUACUGCGGCCAAGACGUUUACACGUGCGUCAACAAGUGCUGCAUGGGCGACGAAUUAUACGUCUUCGAUGAACAGUACAGUAGUAUGACGUGCAAGAAGAGCGAGACGCCAUUCAAGUUGUUCGUCUAUGAAAUAGACGUGGACUGGGUGAGCCGGUCGAACAGCACGGUGCUGCCGUACUACACCAAAGGAUCGUGUUCCAUAUCGCAUGUAUUGUUGGACAGUUUUAUUUUGUCCAUGGAUGGCAGCCUUUACCGUAUCAACGAAGACCGGCUCGUACCGGACAUGGACUACUGCGUGGAGUAUUACGCCAAGGCCGAGUCACUGGUGGCUGACGGCAUACUGGCGAUCAUAUGCGUCCAUGACAAAGCAGAAGACACCCAAAGCAGUUUAAAGGACUUCCUCUUUCUAGCCACUUUGGUGCCGUCUAUCGUGUCCCUGGCACUCACGCUGCUCGUGUACGCCACACUGUCCAGCCUCCGGAACGUCCAUGGCUACUACGUCAUGUGCUACGUGGCCUGCCAGCUUCUGUUGUUCGUCUGCACAGCGAUUGGAGAUUCGAUAAAUGAUAACAUAAAUAGCCCGUUGUGUAUUCCAUUCGGUUAUUUAGUAUUAUUUGUAUAUUUGACAACAUUUUGCUGGUUAAACGUAAUAUGCUUCGAUGUUUACUGGACGUUAAGGCACAACUGUUCAAUAAACAUAAAUACAUCAAUAUCAGUACGUACCAUUAUGUACCAUAUUUACUGUUGGGGAUUUUCAAGUAUUUUCGUAUCUACUGGUUAUUUAUUUCAACAUUCACAACACGAAACGCUACUGGAAUUGGCACCCGAUAUAGGAUACAAUAGAUGCUUUUUUUACGACCCCUAUCGCUACGGAUUUUACAUUUUCUACAUGCUACCCAUCUGUGUUAUAGUUACUGCCAAUUUAAUUUUGUUCUUGCUAACUGCUAUUCAUUGUUCAAGAAUUAAAUCUGAACUCAAUACAUUCAACCCAACAGAUUCAAAAACAAAAAGUUUUCAUAUUUACAAAGAAAGAUUUGUAAUUGGCAUCAAACUAUUUCUGGUUAUGGGAAUCCCGGUUAUAAUUUCGAUAAUACGUAUCAUAUUCCAAAUUCAUUGGAUCGUAUAUGACAUUUUGAAUGCAAUUCCUAGACUACAAGGAGUAUAUAUAUUUAUUAUAUUUGUAGCCAAGCGCAAAGUUAUUAUGGACUUACGGAAAAAGUUUAGAGGUUCAAUGGAUCACAGUGAGUCGACACAAAUUAACACCAUCUCUGGGUCAUCAUAAAACUGGGCAGUGCUCAUAAAAGUUAUAAUGAUUUCUAAUUAAAAAUCAUUAUACCUGCAAUAUUUAUAUUUAUAAAUGCAAUAACUAUAUAUUAUAUAGAUAUUAUUAUAUUAUAUAAUAGGCUCUAUGCCGUAGGGUAUAAAAAAAAUUAUCAUUUUUAUGCCUUUCUGUACUACGUUUUUUGUUUUGUGUGGUUAUAAUAAAAUUAAAAUAAUAGUUAAUAAUUUAAUAAUACGACUAAUCCAAUUUUAUAUAAGGUAUGUUAUAUUUUACUUAAAUAAUUUAUCUUUGUUCCAAAUACCUACAUAGUAUAUAUAUUUAUAAAAAAAAAUUGAUAAAUCCUAUCAAAUAAAAUUUCAGAAAAAAAUGUUUAUUUGUUUAAUUGUUUUUUUCUUGAAUUUUAAUAUUCACUUUUAUAGUUUAAUUAAUUUUCAAUAAACUACGAAAAUUAUGUUGUAAAGAAUACAAGCAACAAAUGUUCUACUACACUGCUACCUGCAAUUUCAUAAUUAAAUACGUAGGUAUAAUACAGAGAUUUAUACCAUAGUUAUUUAAUGUUGGUAUCAUAAUUAAUAUAUUAAUUAACUACCUUUUAUAUACAAUUAGCAUGCAUAAUUUAUGAGCUGUUUACUUUUUAUUAUUUUUAAUAAAUUAAAAUGUAAUUUUUACACAAUUAUAAUAC